AAAGGGGGGAGUUUUGCAGGAGCUUUAAUCGGCCUCUAGGUGUCACGAUGGGGCUCCCAGUCCAGGCGGCUGGCGGGGGGUGUUUGUCUCCCUCUAUCGUUAUCGAAAAUUUAGCAAAAAACAUUUAUAACCCAGAAGUUCGGGCUUCUGCCCGAUUAUUAAGCACUAUUGAAACUAUAUCAGACGGCAUUUCACCAAGAUGACAUUAUUUAACGACAGGAUGUUUGCUUCAAUCUUUAGGCCAGGCGUCCAUUUUCUGUUUCUUCUCUUUGUUUCCUGUCUUUAGAAACCCGCCGUUUCUGCACACGCUCACUUAGCCAACCAGCUAAUGUGUCCCUCAAAGUUAACCAAUUUCCAGUCCUGCCACACCCAAACUGUGUAAAAUAAGCAUUUUAAUUCGCAAAUGGCAAAUACGUGUGGUUUUAAGCGAUGUAAGUCCGAAUUGAAGCCGUAAAACACCUUUUAGUUCGCGCCUAUCGCCGUGUUCGCGCCCCUCCUCGAGCAGUUAAAUUCAAACCGGAGUCGAUGAAACAUUGACCCGGUUUGACGAUAAUAAAAUCCCAUUCUUGCGGCCUGAGUUCGCGGUUUGCUCACUAUCGCUCCUGAAAUCCAAAAUUCGAUCGGUUAUAUGUAAAUAAAUGGACAUUAAAUGCAUCUUUGGCGUUUUAGCAUCAGCUCCGUCGCCGAUGCUAGCGUAUUGCGCAGAUUGAAAUCAAACGAGGAAGAUGUCGUUGCUAAAUGACACCGAUGGCCAUUUUCGAUAAGUAGGACCGAGCCUCGCCGCCGAGCGCUCCCCGAAUCCUGGAGUUUAUCGCCUGAAAACACACGCUGAAUCGCCGCGGUCGUCGGUCUCGGUGCGACCGCUCGCUCUUAUUGAAAGACCAACCUCAAGCAACAAACGACAGAAGGGAUAAAAACUGUAGAGAGCUCCCUCUACAACCCGACUGGUAGUGGUACAAAAACACGAUUAACCAUCUCAGAAUGCCCUCUUGCUGUGGAAAAUCGUAAGGGUGUUUUAAAACGUGCGAAGGUAUUACCCAUGGAGGGGGGACCGACUGAGGCAGUGGUGGAAGAUGCAGGGGAUGCUUUCAAGGCUAAGGAAUGUAAGACAUACCAAAGGCGACGAGAAGAUGAGGAAGUGGGAGCUGAGUUGCUGCAGGCAGCUGGGUUAGAGCAAGCCCAGGCUGAAGGAGAGCCUGUGGUGGAGGCUGUCAACAGCAGUGUGGAGAUGAUGGUGAUGGACAGCCUGGACCCUGCCCUGCUCCAGAUGAAGACCGAAGUCAUGGAGGCUGCUGUCGGUGCACCUGUUGGUGUGGCUGGUGCCGCCCAUGAAGCCACGGUCACCACUGUCGAUGAUACUCAGAUCAUCACCUUGCAGGUGGUGAACAUGGAGGAGCAGCAGUUGGGCUUGGGGGAGCUGCAGCUGGUCCAGGUGCCUGUUUCAGCUGUGCCUGUCACUGCCGCCACUGUGGAAGAGCUGCAGGGGACGCUGGUGGACGCCACUGCCAUGCCUAAAGAUGGGGAGCCGGUCAUCUGUCACACCCUGCCAUUGCCUGAGGGCUUCCAGGUGGUCAAGGUGGGUGCAAAUGGAGAAGUGGAAACUGUGGAGCAAGAUGAGCUCCAGGCCCAAGAUGAUCAGCCUCCACAGCAGGAGGAGGAGGAUAUGACUGAAGCCCAAAAUGAAGACCCCACCUGGUCCAAAGAUCCAGACUACACACCUCCUGUUAAAAAGGUUAAGAAGACUAAGAAAAGCAAGCUGCGUUAUAACACAGAGGGCGAUAAAGACAUGGACGUGUCUGUGUAUGACUUUGAGGAGGAGCAGCAGGAGGGACUGCUCUCUGAAGUCAACGCUGAGAAAGUUGUGGGUAACAUGAAACCGCCCAAACCAACCAAAAUCAAGAAGAAAGGUGUUAAGAAGACAUUCCAGUGUGAGCUGUGCAGUUACACUUGCCCGCGCCGUUCCAAUCUGGACCGCCACAUGAAGAGCCACACGGAUGAGAGGCCUCACAAGUGCCAUCUUUGUGGACGAGCCUUUAGGACUGUGACGUUGCUGAGGAACCACCUCAACACCCACACAGGCACCAGACCACAUAAGUGCACUGAUUGUGACAUGGCCUUUGUCACCAGUGGAGAGCUGGUGCGACACAGACGCUACAAGCACACUCAUGAGAAACCAUUCAAGUGCUCCAUGUGUGACUAUGCUAGUGUAGAGGUUAGCAAGCUGAAGCGUCACAUUCGCUCUCACACUGGAGAGCGUCCGUUCCAGUGCAGUCUGUGCAGUUAUGCCAGCAGAGACACCUAUAAGUUGAAGAGACACAUGAGGACCCAUUCAGGAGAGAAGCCCUAUGAGUGCUAUAUCUGUCAUGCACGUUUUACCCAGAGUGGUACCAUGAAGAUGCACAUACUGCAGAAGCACACAGAAAAUGUGGCGAAAUUUCACUGCCCCCAUUGUGACACCGUUAUUGCCCGCAAGAGUGAUCUUGGUGUGCAUCUCCGUAAGCAGCAUUCCUACAUUGAGCAGGGCAGGAAGUGCCGUUACUGUGAUGCAGUGUUCCAUGAGCGCUACGCUCUCAUCCAGCAUCAGAAGUCCCACAAAAAUGAGAAACGCUUCAAGUGCGAUCAGUGUGACUAUGCGUGCCGUCAGGAGCGACACAUGGUCAUGCACAAGCGCACCCAUACUGGGGAGAAGCCAUAUGCCUGCAGCCAAUGUGAGAAAACUUUCAGACAGAAGCAGCUGCUGGACAUGCACUUUCGGCGUUAUCACGACCCCAAUUUUGUACCCACAUCCUUUGUGUGCACUAAGUGCGGCAAGACCUUCACUCGCAGGAAUACCAUGGCCAGACAUGCAGAGAACUGCAAUGGGAUGGAUUCUGGUGAUGGAGAGAAUGGAGCUCCAGGCAAAAGGGGCCGUGGCCGAAAGAGAAAGAUGCGCUCUAGAAAAGAUGAUGAGGAAGAUAGUGAUGAUCACGGAGAACCUGACCUUGAUGACAUUGAUGAAGAGGAAGAGGAUCUUCUUGAUGAUGAUGACCAGAUGGAUGUGGAACAGGCUCCACCCAGCAUUCCCAUCCCUGCACCCGCCGAACCGCCUGUCAAGAGGAAACGUGGCAGACCCCCCAAGAACGCAGCCAAGGCUUCUCCUACCAAGACCGUCGCCAAAACCACCACAGCAGCUGCUGCCAUUAUCCAGGUGGAGGAUGAAAGCACAGGGGCCAUUGAGAACAUCAUCGUGAAGAAGGAGCCUGAGGGCGCUGAUGCCGCUGCAGCUGCCCAGCCAGUGGUGGAGGAAGUAGAGGCUGUCGAGGCUGGUGUAGAAACGGUGCAGCUAGCCGUCCCCGAAGCUGCACCUAACGGUGAUCUUACACCUGAAAUGAUCCUUAGUAUGAUGGACCGGUGAUCUGGGGGAUACGUGUACAUGCACAGGCUGAUCACACAUGCUUGCGUAAAUGCACAUCCCUGUAUGUGUCCCUUGAUUAUAUAUAUAUAUAUAUACAUACACACGCUCACAUUUCUCUUUCACCUCCUUUAAUACAGCGCUGUGUCCUCUUGUCUUGCAUCAAAUUUCUUAAAGACUAUAAACCCCAAAUUCUGAACGUCCUGAAGUUUCUUACAUUUUGUCUUUUCAUGACGAUCACAAAACUGCGCUUUUCUACUGUUUUUAUCACACCAGUAGUUCAACUGCUGACUUCAACUUUUUUUUUUUUUUGCUUU